AUGCAAAUUCCAAGAAAGCUUCUGGUGAUCUGGGCUUUGCUUUGGGAAGUGAUUCUUUGUGUGAAUUUCGAGGUGCUGCCUGCUAUCGAUAGCCAGACGCAAAAUGCCAUACGGUCUCAGCGAGACCUCAUGUUGAAUGUUACCAUUGACCAGCUGCCGCUGGUAGGGGUGAAUUUACGGAAAGUGAUACUGAAUAAUGCGUCGACGAACGACACAGAGUCUCUGCUGGGAAUGCAGUCACUGAUGAAGAACGGAGUGCAAAACUUUAUGCUAGAACUACAGCUCAGGAACGAUUCAUGGGGCGUCAGAGAUACAAAUCUGGAUCUUCAGGCGUUUCUCGUGGCUUUUGAGAGUUUCAUCAACAAAACUGAUGAUAAUUUGUCGGCGAACAUUUUAACACUGCAUUUGAACAUCUCUACGGAGGAGCUGCCGUCCAAUUCGACCUCCGGCGAUGACCAGAGUGUUAUCACGGUGGAUCCUUCUAAGCCGAUGCUGAACCUGACUUACGUCUUGGAUCAGUUUAUGGGACGUUUUAGGAUCUACACUCCCGAUGACCUGCGUACAGACCGGCAGCUUGGAAGUACGUUUGACACGUAUGGGCAAUCUAAUAGUGGCUGGCCCACUCUGAAUAGCUUUCUCUACCUUAAGCGGAAAAGAGUACUCAUAACCGAGGUCUCUAAUAGGCUAAAUUACUCCGAGGUGCCAUACAUCUUCAAUAAUACAAUUUUGCACUACGACGUCGGAAACAAGACUUUAGAAACGCCGAAUACGAUCGGAGAACUACUGUACACAUCAACCAUUAGUUGGAGGUACCUCGAAGCGGAAUUCACACCGGCAGAAAUUCAGCAAUACAUUAGCAUGGGAUACUCCCCCGUCAUCUCAAAUCAUUACAGCAUAGGAAAUUUGACUCAAAUUUCCGAACUACUAGGUAGCAGUAUCAUCUGGUCUUGGGGUGCCGGCGAGCCCAUUCCAGCCUUCACGACAGCCACUCCGAAAAAUAGUAGCUCUCUAGUGGCUUACAACUGCGCACUAUUAAAGUACUACAGCACUAACAACUCAGCAGCUUGGAUUGUCGGCAACUGCUAUGACAAAAAGCAAGGCCUCUGUAGGUACGCCGAACAGGCUUUUGAUUGGGAAGUGACAGAAGCUGACGAUACCUAUUUCGCAUUUGAGCAGCGCUCCGAAUGUCAUUGUUCCGAUAGAUACCAAUUUGCACUUCCAAGGACGCCAUUAGAAUUAACUUCCUUAGUGAUAGAUCUUGAAAGAUCAGGGACUCAAGACAAAGAGAUAUGGAUCGAUUUGAACUCAAUUGCUGUUGGCGAUUGUUGGGUUACUGGAGGUCCAUACGCAACAUGCCCAUACCAGAAAGUUGUUCCUCAUAGAAAUUUCGUGGACAUGAUAACUCCAGUUUCUGUGUCCUGUUGCGUAAUCCUACUGAUAGUCUUCUAUUUGAAUCUUUUACGUGUACCUAUACACAGCAACAGAAAAAAGUGGCGGAAAGUUGUGAAUGAGUUGUCAAAGACAGAGCUUGACGGCGUUCCUCUAUGA